UCACCACUGCAGUCCUUCUCCUCUCAAAUCGACAUUGUUCUGUUCUACCUCCGGCGAGGCAGCCAUUGUUAGAGUUCUGGGUUUAAUAGAGGUGGGAAGAAGUUUGGAAAACAUGGCCGCGAUGAGUGAGAAGAAAUUUCCGGAGGGGCUGCGGGUGCUCGCCGUCGACGACGACUGCGUCUGCCUCAAGGUACUCGAGGCCAUCCUGCGCCGCUGCAAAUACAACCCAACGAUGGUGACGGAUGCGAAGACGGCGUUGAAGAUGCUCAGGGCCGGGAAACAGGAGUUCGACCUCGUGAUCACCGACGUGCGCAUGCCAGACAUGGAUGGCUUCAAGCUCCUCCAACUGAUCCGCCUCGAGAUGGAUCUGCCUGUUAUCAUGCUAUCCGUGGAUUGCGAUAAAAAGGCUGUGAUGAAGGGGAUAACACAUGGGGCGUGCGACUAUUUGCUGAAGCCAGUUUCUACCAACGACAUCAAAAAUAUAUGGCAGCAUGUUGAGAAGAGGAAAAAUCUCGAAGCAAUAAGCCACAUCAACAACAACAACGAUCAUGAUUAUGAUAUUGAUGAUAGAGUGCAACCAGGGACUGCUGCCACAAGGACGGACUCGGAGAAUGAGAGCAACGAAGGAGAUGGUUCAAAUGAGAAUGAAGAGAGCACACACAUAUCCAUCACCCAGAAGAAGACACGGGUGGUAUGGACAAUUGAGCUUCAGAACAAGUUUUUAGAAGCUAUUAACAAGAUCGGCCUAGACAAGGUCGUUCCAAAAAGGAUAUUGGAACUAAUGAACGUGGAUUACCUCACCAGAGAGAGUAUCGCCAGUCAUCUACAGAAGUAUAGGUUGCAAUUAAAAAAAGUCAAAUCAAAUCCUUCUGGUGAAGCCUAUGAAAGACGAAAGUCAUCCUACAACAACAUGAACAACCAGGGGAGUUUCAUGCAUAACCAUGAACAUGAAAGAUGGCAUAUGUCCUCUGGUCUAUUGAGUCCAAACAAUUUUGGUGCAACUGGUCACCUAGCCCAGCUCGCGAACACACAUAGAAACUUAUGCAUGGGGUCACUCAUCCAUGAUGGUGGAAUGCUCAAGCAUGUCACGCCUCAACUGUCGGUUGCGGGAAGAUUCCCUGGUUCCAUUGACCCUCCCGCCAACUUGUACAAUAACAUAGCCAGUGACACAACGUUAGAUGAAUUUGCUUCAUACAGUUUUUGUGAUUCCUAUGCUGACUGCAUGCGUGGGAAGCUGGUGGAGACAAGCAAAGGCAAAUUUUCAGAUCCAUCAUACAAAUCUGCAACACAUGCGACCUUGCCUGGUGUUCUUCACAGAGAUGAAAUCCAGAUGCGAUCACAUGUGAACAUCCCAAGGAUACCAAGGGCAACACCGUCAAUCCAGAUGCCUCUGCAAAAUGAAAUGGUACCACCUAAGAUGGUUAAGGGUGCAAGCAACAGUACAUCACUGGAAGGCUUCAGUGAGCAGAUGGCGUCAUUCAACAUUGCAGGAAACACAAGAUCAGUAGGAAUGAUGUUGAAUGAAAACUCUACACCUGGUAAUGGUAGAAUCUCAAUGACACAGGCUCAUAUGGUUAACAGUGGAAGCACUAUUUCUGCAGUUUCCAACCUUCACGCAGAAAAUAUCGGUGCAAUGACUCACAGGCUUGAUGGCGGGGACACAGUUAGCAUUCACCCCGUGCAGGAAGGUACUGUUGAUCAAUAUUUGUAUAAUGAUCAAGUGAAUGAGAUCGAUGACAUCUCACUGGAUGACUUUUUUUCCGACCCGCUGAAUGCAGAUUUCACUAUUGCAGAUGAUGUCAUGGGUGGAGAAGAAUAGUUAUGUCUGUUAGCCCAACCCGACUAAUUAUUGUUUGUUCUUGCACAUUCUAUCGUGAAAUCUUGUGAGUCGGUGUAUCCUAGUUAGAAGUAUGGUCGUGUGGGUUGUUUAGUUUAUAUUAGAUUCAACUUUUAAGUUGGUGUUGUAUUUCGAGAUCCAACAUGAUGUUUUGUUAUGUUAUGUUAUGUCAAAUGUAA